CCGUCGUGGAUGCGGCGGUUCUGGAAAACUAUACCUUAACCGGCGACAAUCAUUUCACCGGCAGCUUCAACUUCACCGUUGAGCAAUACAACCCGAGAUCAGAUAAAGGCAUUGUUCUCAGCUGGAGGAGCACAAACGCGUCCCUAAAUUUAGGAGGAGUUGCCCCUGCCGCGCAGGGGCAGCUCGCCAGCACCGCCAUUUUUGACCUGUUCGCGCCGCCUCAGUCCGCCUAUAACCACGCCCUCGAUCUGCAUGCAGAGGGCGUGGUUCUUGACGCCAGCACCUCCGCGGCCCUCAAACCCGCGGCGGGAGGCCCAACCGCGAAGCCCGUCCCCGCGGUCUUAGACAUUCAGACUGAGAUUUGGUUGGAUGAGGGAAUGGAUUCUGGGAUGCUUCAGGCGACGUGCAAAUUGUCUUACUCUUCUGAGGGUUUUGCUCUGAAGGACCGCCGCAAGUGUGCCGUGGUCUGCCAUGAUUGCUGCUGGUACAAUAGCUAUUUGGGGGAACAAAUGUGUAAGAAAGUGACCAAGUGAUUAUACAUAUGUUGAUGGGAGACAAAGCUGGACAAGAAAAAUGAAUUAGCGGAUGAAUUAUCCAACAUCAUCAUUUAUAGAAUUACAUAUUUCUAGUUAAGAUAAUGUAAACUUUGCAACCCUACAAAAAUUUCACUUUAUUUAUAAAGCUUCCACUGCAUUUUUCAUUCAUGUAGUGCAUAUUUCAUUUUGAGAUAAUGUUCAAUUCUUAAAUUCAAUGUCCAG